CUUCUUGGCCGGUUUAGAAGGUAACUUGAUCGUCGCGAUGGCGAACAGCAUGAGCGCUAGGAUGAGGAAUGCACAAGCACGCAUUGCCCAACCAAAACCAACUCUUCCGAUCAGCCGAUUUACAACAAUUGGAAAGACAAUCCCACCAAUGGGAGCCCCAGAUGCUGCGAUGGCGACUGCAAUAGGUCUUCGACGCUGAAACCACAUGCUUACGGCCGUUGCAGCAGGGUUAAAGAUGAAGCUCAUUCCUAUACCACUGCAGACACCUUGUGAGAGAACUAUCUGGUAGUACUUAGUGCUGAUGGAAGUCAUCAUUAGGCCGAAGACAUGAAGAAGCAUGCCGAUGACGAGCGGAAUCGUGGGCCCGACGCGGUCGAAGAGAAAGCCGACGAAGGGACUACAGAAUGGGAGGAAGAAGUUCUCGAGAGCACCGAUCCACGAUACAGUCGUUGCAGGUAGUGAUGCUAGAGGAACACGCCUGUAGUAUUCUUGAAAGACACCCAUAGAACUUUCGGUGGUGUCAGAGGGGGCAUGUGAAAGAGAGUGAUUUCGGAUGGGAUGCUGAGAACUCACUUGAUCCAUCCAUACGAACAGAAAUACAAGGCGGCACAGCCGGCGACGCAAAGCCAAGCAUCGCGACCGCCAUCG